AGCCCCCGGCAGCGGCAGUGCUUCGUGUGACCAGCGCGGGAGGGGCCUACCGGGCUCGGCCCGGCUCUGCCGCCGGGGAGCGGAACACCGAGCGACGGCUUGACGGGCGGAAGAGCGGAGGGGCGUCCUCCUCACCUCCACCUCCCUCUCAGCGUCUCACAGUUUUACAUGUGAUACUAACAAAAAUGAGGCUGAGAACGCGGAAAGCUUCUCAGCAAUCAAAUCAAAAUCACACACAGCGUGCAUUGAGGGUAAAGAGAAAAUAUUCAGAGGUGGAAGAGAGCUUACCUGUUGGUGGAGGAAAACCUCAGAAAAAUGAAACUGGCUUAUUGUCUUCAAUAAAAAAGUUCAUUAAGGGAAGUACCCCAAAGGAUGAAAGGGAACAUCCUGCAAAGAAAAGUAGAAUUGAACAUGAUAUAGAUGACAACUUGAUUACAUCUACUCCUCGAACAGGAGACAAGCCUAAUAAACCACUCUCCAGAGUUAGACGGAAAAGUCAAGUGAAUGGAGAAGCUGGAAAUUAUGAAAUGACAAACCAGCAUGUUAGGCAAAAUGGAAAAUUGGAAGAUAAUCUCACCACCGGCAGCCCCCCACGAACUACAUUACUGGGGACCAUAUUUUCUCCUGUCUUCAAUUUUUUCUCACCAGCAAAUAAAAAUGGGACAGCUGGCUCGGACUCUCCAGGGCAAGCUGUUGAAGCUGAAGAAAUAGUGAAACAGCUUGAUAUGGAACAGGUGGAUGAAAUUAUCACCAGCACUGCAACCUCAGCUAAUGGAGCGACCUACACUAGCCAAGCAGUGCAAAUCAGAUCGAUCAACGGCUUAGAGGAAGUAGAAGAUGUAACUGAUCGUGAUCUGCCUCCUCUCACUGCACCAGUAUCUCCAGACAGCGGUUACUCAUCAGCUCAUGCAGAAGCCACCUAUGAAGAAGACUGGGAAGUCUUUGAUCCGUACUACUUCAUCAAACAUGUUCCACCACUAACAGAAGAACAGCUUAAUCGGAAGCCUGCUCUUCCACUGAAAACAAGAAGCACACCAGAAUUCUCAUUAGUUCUAGACUUGGAUGAAACACUAGUCCACUGUAGUCUAAACGAACUGGAAGAUGCUGCACUCACGUUUCCAGUCCUUUUCCAAGAUGUUAUUUACCAGGUUUAUGUGCGAUUAAGACCAUUCUUCAGAGAAUUCUUGGAACGUAUGUCCCAAAUCUACGAGAUCAUUCUUUUUACUGCUUCUAAGAAGGUGUAUGCAGACAAGCUGCUGAACAUCCUAGACCCUAAAAAGCAACUAGUCAGGCAUCGACUUUUCCGUGAGCAUUGUGUUUGUGUACAAGGAAACUAUAUAAAGGAUUUAAAUAUCCUUGGUAGAGAUCUCUCAAAAACUAUCAUUAUUGACAAUUCACCACAAGCCUUUGCCUAUCAGCUUUCAAAUGGAAUUCCUAUAGAGAGCUGGUUCAUGGAUAAAAAUGACAAUGAACUCCUAAAAUUGAUUCCUUUUCUGGAGAAACUUGUAGAACUGAAUGAAGAUGUUCGACCUCACAUCAGAGACAGAUUUCGCUUGCACGACUUACUGCCCCCUGAUUAAACACCAAACCUUUGCCAGACCUCUGAAGGGGAAGGAAAUGCAGGCCCCCCUUUUUUUUCUUUUUGGACUAAAACAAAAACAUUGCCAUUACUGUUGAAAUUUUUGCAUUUUUGUACCCUGUCUCACUUUUCUUAUCUCUGAUGCCCAACAGUAAUCAAGGGUUACAGAAGAACUUUCUAUAUCGCCAAAUGGAAUACAUACAGUACAAUACAGUAGGUAGGCUAGAACAGAAGCGUCUUUAGAACUAGUGCAACUCCAAUAAUUUUUUUUAUGUACAGGACAUCUGCCGUUUAUAAAGAAUUCUGUUUCUGCCACCAGCAGUUUGAUCUAUAAAAACACAGGAUUUUAUGAAAUAACAGAGAUUGAAAAUGGACUCUUAUUUUCUCUCUGUUUGGUGCUCUCUAAGUGGGUUUGUAGCCACUUCGUGUUACUUUUAAGAUUCUCAUUUCAACAGGAAUGGCCAGUAAAUGUGUUUUUUUUUUAAUUAUUUUCCUGUUAAGGUUUAUAACCUUUUUACAUUUUUGACCUGUAUUAGAUUUUAGAAUUUCAUUAUGCAUUCCUUUUAGUUGAAGCGGCUUCAUAGUUUUCUGGGAAUAGCCAAGUUUUAUUAGUUUUUUAUUAUACAAUUGAAUGGCCAUUUUCCUGCUUUGUCUGCCUGCAUACUGUAUAUUUGUUUAAAAAUAUUAUCUAGUUUUAUUCCAUGUAAGUUUCAUUUAGAAAUCUACGUUUAUAUAUAUAUAUAUAUUUUGUUUCUGUAAUAUUCUACUGUAGUGGAAAUCUUUUCAAAAAAAUCAAGAGACUGGCUAGAUAAGAAGAAAUAUAAGAAUUACUAAUAUUCAGAAUAUUUAAACCAUUGUGAUGGCAUGUACUCUGGACAGACUAUCUCUUACGGUGGUACACAUGGCUCAUGGACAAGGAUCAAUACCUCGGAGUCAACUGUGCAUGAAUCCUUGAGGAGAGCUUGCUUGGUCUAUUGCAAUUCAGUUACUGCUGCCUUCAGUGUCCUCCAAGAAUGAAGUAUUGUGGAGAGCAGUUGAGUAUUUGAAACUGUCUUGCAUGAGUGGGUCCCACUGCUAUGCAGUUUCUUACAAUCAAUUCUAAACUUGUGUAGCAGUGGUGGUGCCACUACAGUAACUAUGCAUAACCCUGUGGUCCAGUACACUCCUUUGCCACCAGUGCAGCUGAUAUGCUAUCAUAGUGGUUUUCUAUGCUAUAUGGAAAUGGUUUUCAAGCCUUGGUUCUAAUGCAGCUUGUACAAGAGGCUGAUAUUUUUUUAAUGGAGUGUAAUCUCCUUUUUAGGAGGAUUUUUAUGGAAGGGAAAAAUUUGUAAAAGUUAGUAAGCUUUGCCUCUAAACUGCAUUAACGUGCCACAGGCUCGGGCUGUUUUUGUGUAAAGGAUGUUGCAGAAUGGCACUUUUUCUAAAGAGAAGUUUGAUAUUUUGUAUGCUUGUUAAAGAAAGUACAGUAUUGGAAAUUAAAGGUGGACAACUGAUAAUUGAGAAGUAUGUCAAUUAAUUUUUUAUGUAUAUUACCUGUUUACUUGUACAAAUUUAUUGUACAAAUUACACGCAGCUUCAUUUUCAAAUGAGUCCUUAAAAUAAGGAAAAUCUUUUUAGGAAAACAUUUAAUUUUUGUAUUUUUUGAUUUUCAAAGGCAUGAGUUAUGUCAACUUUUUCCAAUGUAUUAAUGAAGAUUUUAACUUUUCAUCAGGUUGAGUGUUUUCUUACUAUAUUAUCUGUUGUAUAUGUAGCUAGCACAUUGUGUCACUGAACUGUUAAAAAAAAGUUAGCAUGUAGAGCAAGCCUGCUUUAUGGAAAACAUUAUUCAUUUAAAACAAAAUUAUGGUGGAUUUUCUGCAAAACCAACCAACCAACCAUGAAAAGCAUUUGUUAUCCAGAAUGCUGACUUCUUUGUACUUAAAGAAAGGUAUUUUGCUUGCAGGAAAAUGCUACAGAUUCAUUUUAAUGAGAAUCUUUGAAAUGUAUUUAUCUUUAGGGCAUCUCGACAUCUUAACGCUGUUUGUCUUAACGUCUUUAUUGAAAUAAAAUGUACAUAGUUACACAUACACACACACACAUAUAUAUAUAGUGUGUGUGUUUGUGUGUGUCUGUGUGUGUGUGUGUGUGUUUGCACAGCAGUGAUCCCUGUAACCACUCCCUCCCUGUUUUGCUAAUAGGUAUAUAGAUACAUUUGGUUUUAAAAACAUGUUUAAAUUUUCCUCAUAAACCUUUGAAAAAGAGCUAUAUUAGGAGCAGUAAGGAAAUAUUCUUGACUAGUUUUAGAUUUAUCCUUUACUUUAAAAAAUAACAGAUAAACUAAUGAUCAGUCAAGAAUAUCUCCUUACUGUUCCUAAUGAUGAGGAUAGCCAGCCCAUGGCUCUCUUUUUCAGUGGUCUCCAGGAGGGGGCACCCCGCUCACUCUUUUUUUGAGCAAACUGGAGUAGAAAAACCAGUACAAAAGACUGUGCAGGUACACCUCCCCCUGGCUGAGUUUCUUCAGCUUGGAAAAUAUCAGCUGGAAGUUGGAAAAGAGAAGCAUAAUAAUGGGAGCUAAGGUGGGAAUCCUUUUGAAAUGCAAAAGGUACUUGCCUUAGUGAAAUGUGUGUGCAGAGAGAGAGAGAGAGGAAGUGUGAGCGUGAUUCUACAUUACCAUAAGAGUUUGCUAUGCUGUAUUAAGAGAUUAUUUUCUGCAGUUCACAAAUAAGUAAAUUCAAUAUAGUAAACCCCGCGCUGAAUAAAAUAAUGGAUGGACAUUUCUCUAUGGCUUGAAGAAAAACUGUACAGCAUCCUUUUAAAGUAUGUUUUUAAAGCAUUUGUGCAUUUUCAUUAAAAAAAAUUAUUACAAACCAGAUGGUUUUAGUUAAACUGACACAUUGCAUAUUACAAACCUACCUGUUCUGUGAUUUCUAAUCACUGAAAAGAGAGAAGAAGAAAAAAUGUGAGCUUUAACAAUGUGGAUUAUUAGAAAUGUAGGGAAAUUAACAGUCCUAUAUAGGACAACCGAAUCAACCGUUGCAGGCUGCUCUGUAAAUACAUAUUAAAGUAUCAUUUUGUAA